GGGCAGCAGCUACCAGCUGUGAACACAGGCGAGAUGCCGAUUGUGUGCCAUCAGGUCCCGGUGCUGGCAGGUAGCGCCACAUUGGCCACCAUGGGGACCCUGAUCCUGUGCUUUGGGAAACCCGCCAGUUACGGGAAACACAGCGAGAGUGUGUCGUCGGGAGUUCCCCUCCUGCCCGCACGCAUAGCCUGGUUCCUGCAGGAGCUGCCUUCCUUUGUGGUGUCGGUAGGGAUGCUCGCUUGGCAGCCGCGCUCCCUCUUUGGACCUCCGGGGAAUGUGCUGCUGGGUCUCUUCUCCGCACAUUACUUCCACAGGACAUUUAUUUACUCAUUGCUCACCAGAGGCAGGCCUUUAUCAGCGGUGAUCUUUCUGAAAGCCACUGCCUUCUGCAUAGGGAACGGACUCCUGCAAGCCUAUUACCUGGUUUAUUGCGCGGAAUACCCUGAGGAGUGGUACACAGACAUGCGGUUUAGCGUCGGUGUCUUCUUCUUUAUUCUGGGGAUGGGGAUCAACAUCCACAGUGACUGCAUGCUGCGCCAGCUCAGGAAGCCCGGAGAGGUCAUCUACAGGAUCCCACAAGGUGGCUUGUUUACGUAUGUGUCUGGAGCCAAUUUCCUGGGCGAGAUUAUUGAAUGGAUGGGCUACGCUUUGGCCACUUGGUCUGUUCCAGCCUUUGCUUUUGCAUUUUUCACACUUUGUUUCCUGGGGAUGCAAGCUUUUUACCACCACAGGUUCUACCUCAAGAUGUUUAAGGAUUACCCCAAAUCUAGGAAAGCCCUCAUUCCAUUCAUCUUUUAAAGAACCCUAACUUUAAGGAACAAAGCUUCUAUGGAGAAACUGCCCAGCUGCUGAAACUAUAAACUGUAAACUAUAACUGAACAGUGUCUUGCUCGCAUAUAUAUAUUUGAUGAUGUAUGUGUUAAUAGGUCUCCUGUGAUUCCAGUUGCUUGAGGCAUGCACAGUCAUGCCUGUUCAGCCUAUACUCCUGUCUGCCCAGAGAGCUCUAACCUAAUUUCCUUUCGGAGACUCAUAGGGGCCAUUUUAUUCUUAGCUAUCCCAUCUAGAAGCUUCCCUGUUCUCUAUUUUUUUUUCCAAUGUCAGAUCUGAAGAUAGGACUUUUUUCUUAUUCUUUGUCACUUUGGGGGAAGUUCUGCAGUCAAAACCUUUGGGCUGACAAAAUGAAAAAUGAAAUGAUAACAUUUGCAGGAAAGUGGGAAGAACUGGAAAUUAUUAUAUUAAGCAACCUAACCCUGACUCAGAAAGACAAAUACUGCAUGAUUUUUUUCAUAUGCAGGUUCUAGAUUUUAAUAUAUACAUAUAUAUACCUGCAUCUGUUCAUAUGUGUAUGUUGAGGGUCAUAUAGUUCAUUGAUUUAGAAAGGAGAUCAUUAGAAGGGGAAAAGAGGUCUUGAGGAGAAGGAAGAAGAGGGAAAUAAACUGUGUCGCAUGAAAGCAGAGAGGGAGGAAGGGAAGCAGCAGGAGAAAUGUAGGUGAGCAGGGGAGGAGGAUUGGCAAAAAUAAAGUAUGCAUGAAAAUGCCAUAAUAAAACCAAUUACUUUGUAUGUUUGUUUUAAACAACCAACCAGCCUGCCAGCCAACCAACUUAUCAACUAACUAACUAAUCAAUCAACAAGCCAACCAACCAACUAAUCAACCAGCCAGCCAACCAACUCAUCAACUAACUAAUCAAUCAACAAGCCAACCAACCAACCAAUCAAUCAACCAACUAAUCAACCAGCCAACCAACCAACCAACCAACCAACCAAAAAUGAAUGUCUGGGCUGAGGGCAGUGCUUAAAGAAGUAAUUAAAAGCAUACCUUUUGUAUGCCCGCAGAGUGGCAAAGAUUUACAAGUUUAAGCACCAUAGACCCCAGAGCAUGCUUAAAUGAAAGACUGGUCCCAGCUUCCUCUGCAUUAGUUAAUUAGGAAUAUAUAUAUAUACAUAUAUAUAUACAUACAUAUAUAUAUAUAUAUAUAUAUAUAUAUAUAUAUAUAUAUAUAUAAGCUUUAAUAAUGGAGUUCCCCUUUUGGACCUAAGUCCAAAUGUACAGCGUCUCAGCCAGUGAUCAUCGGGUAUUCUAGGAGGUUUCAUAGUGAUCACCGGGUAUUCUAGGAGCUACCAUAACUUCAUUCACAACACUGCUAUGGAUUUUCUUGAUUGUCAGGUUUUAUGGAACACAAAGAAAAAGAUACAGCCAUGAGUGGCCCCUGAGAGAAUAAAGAAUUGUGUUGCAACAGACAGUGUGAACACCUAUCAGAAACACUUCUAAGUAUGAGAAGUUCAUGUGUAAGGCACUAGACCGUUCAAGUUGAAGAGCUGUUUGCGAUGAUGUGAAGGGUAACAGAAGCUCUGAGCAAGUUUCUUCUGGAAUUUCUUCCUUAUGAUCCUUGAGACAUAUUUUAGAAGAUGUGUCCCAGUGGUAGGUUGAACAUCAGCUCUCAGUCCCAAUGGCAGAUGCAAGAUCUGCAUGAUCUGUCCAGAUAGAUGCUCGUCUGGGUAGAAAACCCCUUUCAUCCAGUUCAGACAGGUUUCACAUUUAGUUUUAUUUUACUUUAUCUUACACUUCAAGUUUCAAAUUGUAAAAAUUAGGAGGUUUCUACAUAAACCGAAGCCCUGGUGUUCUUUUAAAAUGGUUACUCUCCAUCUUUCUAACAGGGAGCUCCUCAGGUUGUGGUGAUUCCAACCAUAAAAUUACCUUUGCUGCUACUUCAGAACUGUAAUGUUGCUACUAUUAUGAAUCAUAAAGUAAAUAUCUGUGUUUUCCAAUGGCCUUAGGUAGCCCCUUGGGAAAAUGUCAUAUGCCACCCAAAGGGGUCAUGACCCACAGGUUGAGAACCCAGGCUUUUAAAAGUUGGAAGGAGAGGCAUAAGAGACAGAAGAUAAUGGGAGGGUGAAUAUAAUCAAAGUAUUAUACCCAAAUCAGAAGGUUUAGUGAGAUGAUGAAUGUAUGUCACUGGUUCUCCACCUUCCUAAUGCUGUGACCCUUUAAUCCAGUUCCUCAUAUUCUGGUGACCCCCCCCCCCCCAAACCAUAAAAGCAUUUUGUUGUUACUUCAUGGCUGUAAUUUGGCUAUUGUUAAAAAUUGUAAUGUAAAUACCUUAUCUGCAGGAAAUAUGAUAUCUGACCACCAAAAGGGUCGAGAGCCCCAGGCUGAGAACUGCUGGUAUAUGCUGACCUCAGCAUUCUAAGCCUGGUUCCUGUGUGAGCGAGCCUGAGGACUGGGUAGUACAUGAACACUUAGGUGUACAGCCUCCGGGGAAGGGAUGGCUUCCGCAAAGAGGCUGCAAUGCGGGUUCUGUGAGGGAGGGACUGAGCACUCGGAAUCAGAGUGGUUGAAUACUUAUCUCCUCUGCCCCAGGUGGGUGGGUGGGUUCAACACCAUUUGCAAACAUGCUUGAGAAACCGAUCUCCAGUUUUAUUAUUUGGUCCAUAAACCGACUGUUAGUUGACACAGGGGUCAUAAGAGGUCUAAAGUAGGAUACAUAAUGAAGACCCAGACUAUUGUGUUACAAGCAAGUGCUCCUCCUUGUUUGCCAAAUGCCUCUCGAGUCAUGACCACCACCAUUGCUUGAAUAAAAAACGACCCAGAUCUUCUGUGGCAUUUACAAUGUA